AUGGCUGCCAUCAUUUCAAGAAGGUUAAGAUUAACUUCUUCCAUCCUAAAACCCUCUUAUUUUCCACCUCCAUCAUCAUCUCCACCAAACCCUCAAUCUCCAAUCUUCGAACCCUUAACCCACAACCCAUCUUCUUUUUUCAUCUUUCAACACUUCUUCUCCCAAUCCACAACAGCCCCUCCAAAACCCAUUUCCCAUUUCAAUCUCACUCCAUUCUCAUCACACAAAGUUUCAAACUUUUACCCCAAACCCAUCUUUUUCUCAACCAACGACCCAUCAUCAUCAUCAGAUUCUGAUAAAGCCCCAAACCCAAACCCAAACCCAAACCCAAGUCCAUACCCAAGCGAAAACCCAAACUUCAAACACCAAGAAAUCGAAGGACCAACAGUAGAACGCGAUCUCUCCCCCCUCGCCAACGAGACACGAGAAAUUCUAGAAACAAUGAUGAAGAACAUAUACGGAUUAAGCAGGGUUGUCGCGUUAAUGGGCCUCGUUCAGCUUGGCGUUGGAGGUUGGAUCACAUACGUGACUAGAUCUUCACCUAUCACUGAGGUUUCCGUGCAGAGCUUGUUGGCUUUUGCGUUUCCUUUUUCUCUGGCGUUUAUGCUGCGUCAAUCGUUGAAGCCAAUGCGGUUUUUCAAGAAGAUGGAGGAACAAGGUAGGUUGCAGAUUCUGACACUGACGCUUCAGGUUGCUAAGCAGUUGAAUGUUUUGUUUGUUAGGGUUAGAGGGGUUUCUUUUGUUUGUGUUGUUGGUUUGUCUGCUGGAUUGGUUUUUGCUGUGGUUUCUAGAUGA